CCGAGGGCUGCAACUUCAUCCCACCCUUACGUUUUCCAUGAUUCCCAUUUCCUAGAUCCUUCUGUCCUCUUAUUUUCGCCGUUCCUUCAUUUCUAGCGCGCUCUCUCGCCGUCGUAAUGGUUUCCGUCACGAACCCGAUACCCCGCCUUAGCCGGAUACACAGACAUAAUGUCCAUAUCUUUCAGUCCUCACCUCUCGCAGAGCUCUCUGGCUCUCUCGGAGACCUCGGAACGCUUCUGCCGCUCAUGACAGCGCUGGUUAUUACUGGAUCAAUCUCCCUGCCGGCCACGCUCCUCUUCACAGGGGCUGCGAACGUCCUCACCGGCGUCGCGUUCGGAAUACCACUGCCAGUUCAGCCAAUGAAAGCUAUUGCUGCCGUUGCGAUCGCUCGAAAGUUCUCACUUGAAGAGAACGCAGCUGCUGGUCUCGUCGUCGCCGCCUUGGUCGGCAUCCUCAGCGUGACUGGGCUGAUCAACUGGGCAAACCGGGUCACACCGGUUCCGGUCGUAAAAGGCAUCCAAGUGGGAGCUGGUCUCUCCUUGUGUCUGAGUGCAGGAUCGAAGAUGCUUGAUCCCUUGAGCUGGACGGGGCCGUGGUGGGGAGACAACCUGAUUUGGGCCAUCGCGGCUGUGCUGCUUCUUCUAUUCACGUUUGCCUACCCAAAGCUGCCGUAUGCUCUCAUCGUCUUCAUCGUCGGCAUAAUGCUCUCGAUACUGUCUCCCAGUAGCAAUACACCGGUACCGGCGUCAGAUAUAGUCAUCCCCAUUCUUCACCCUUCCGGCCGCGACAUUUGGAAAGCGACUACAACCGCGUCCCUAGGCCAACUGCCGCUAACGCUCCUAAAUUCCGUCAUUGCAGUCUCGGCGCUCGCGUCUGACCUCCUACCUGCGCCUCCUUAUCCGGCUGCUCCAUCCGUGACCGAAAUUGGUAUCUCGGUCGCAUCGAUGAACCUCGUCGGCUGCUGGUUCGGAGCGAUGCCCACUUGUCAUGGUUCUGGAGGCCUUGCAGGCCAAUACCGCUUUGGUGCUCGCAGUGGAUCGAGCAUCAUCUUCCUUGGUUCGCUCAAAUUUCUGCUUGGUAUCAUCGCACUGUUCAAGCCCGGUCCUAUUGUCGGUGUCCUAUCCAACAUCCCUAAGGCACUCCUUGGUAUUCUGGUCCUCGCUGCAGGGGUCGAGCUCGCAAAAGUUGGAGAGAGCGUCAACACUGACGCGAGGGACCUGCGCGUCUUGGACCGUGAUAACUCGUGGGAUGGCAAGGGGCUGAAGGAGCUUGAUGAGAACGAGAGGAAGGAGAGGUGGGCGGUAAUGCUCGUCACCGUUGCAGCUAUCCUCGCCUUUAGGAACGACGCUGUUGGUUUCAUAGCGGGUCUUGUCUGGCACUGGGGUUUCAAGGCUGCAAGGAGCAUGUGCGAAUGGAGAGAAAGACAACAGGGCAGACCAUUUUGGAGAUGGGCGAGUCACCGGUCUGAGGAGCGUACUGGAUUGCUAGCCCGUGAGGAGUCGGAUAUGGUUGCUUGAAGAUUAAAUACCCCUGUGAUAGUUUGGCAUAGCGACGGAUAGUUGCAUGUUGGCAUUUGUCGUACGUAGUAUCAUUGCAACAGAGAUUAUUUCUUCCUA